AUGACUGAGGUCUCGAGCACCCGCCUCUAUUUGGGCAACCUCCCGCGUAAUGCCACCAAGGCCGACGUCGAGGCCCAUUUCCAGACCCAUGGCACUGGCGAGAUCACCGAGAUCAAGCUCAUGAACGGCUUCGGCUUCAUAGAGUACAAGGACGCGAUGGAUGCGCGUGAUGUUGUCCCAGAUGGAUCCGACUUCAUGGGCGAGCGCCUUAUCGUCCAGUUCGCGCGCGGAUCCCGUCGCAACGAAAACUUCACGCCGCACGAGCGCGCCGCCCCGCGUCCUCGCCGUACUCCGUUCAGGAUGAGGAUCGCCAAUCUUCCCGUGGAGACCAGCUGGCAGGAUCUAAAAGACUUUGCCCGCCAGUCUGGACUGGACGUCGUCUACUCCGAAGUUGGCCGCGAACGCGACGGCACUGGAUUUGUCGAGUACGAGACGGCCACUGAUCUCCAGACAGCCGUUGAGAAGCUCGACCGUCGUGAGUUCAAGGGUCAAGAGGUCAAGUGCACCCAGGAUGUAUCCGACCCGCCCCCGCCUCCUCCGUUCAAGCCUCGCGCACCCUACGGUGGACCGGGUGGACCAGAUGAUCGCGGUCGUGACAGGUACCGUUCACGCUCUCCCAUGGGCCGUCGUGGCUACCCACCGGCACCAUAUGACGAUUAUUAUGACCGUCGCGGUCCGCCGCGAGGCUACAGCCCUCGUCGCGAAGACUACCGCCGUCGCACUCCCCCACCACGUGACUUCUAUGAUAGUCGCGAUAGCGCUCCCCGUCCUCGAUAUGACGCAGACCCGUACGAAUCCCGUGGACCCCCUCCGCGCCGCUACGAUGACCCGUACAUGAACGGCCACGGCCGUCCCCCGUACGAAGCACGCCCGCCAUCUCCUCGUGGUGGUGGCGGACGUCCCCGUUCUCCUGGUGGCCGUCCUCCCUAUGAGGGCGACUACCCUCCCCGCGGCCGUUACUAG